GCAUCGCAUCGGGGGUGCUUCUGUCAGUGCAAAAUCACCCCCGGAGCUGGCGUUAUCGGUUAGCGCGCGACGAUAUCAUUCACAACUCGCGACAAACUUUGCCGAACGAACUUGGCACGGAAAUGCAACUUCUGGCGAAGUUAAAUCUUCGAGGUUCAUUCAUCGAAGCGAUACUAAAGUUUUGCAUUAGCGCAUCAAGAAGGAAGGAGAAGUGAGCCUUCGAUUUUGAUUCAUCGCAACGAAGUACAUACGUAGACAUCGUCUACUGGAAAAUCGUCCGUAGAAAGAAAAAAAAAAGAAAAAAUAAAAAGACUGACUCGGUGUAGAGGACGAGCGAGAUAUCGCUCGAAAACGUCAAACUUUAGUUGGCCAAGUUGAAGUACUCGGUGGCGAACGUAUGGAAUUCGAUGCUCACGCGUUAUUUCAAUAAUCGGUCUAGCGGUGAUCAGUGCAGUGUUUUUCGACUUAAAUCCAUGAGAUUCCUUGGAAUUCAAUAGAAUAUCGUGAAACUUUUAAUUUACGCCACAGCUUUUAAAUUACGCCACAGCUUUUAAAUUACGCCAUAUCGAACUGAGAAAAUAGAACAAAGACAAAAACGAUUUAUAAUAAUGCAAUAAAUAACUGAUGAGAUUACAACGAUGUAAUGAAAUAAUGUUUUAUUGGAACACGAAGUAUAAUUCAGAAAACGUGUCGUUCGACAUAGUUGACAACUACAUUGACAAACGAAUGGUAUACAUGAUUAGAGCAAAUUCCAGUCCCUCAAAUUUAACGAUAAACAAGCAUAUGAAGCAAAUUAUAUAUAUUUAGAUAAUUGAUUAUUGUGUGCAUCUCGCUCGAUCGAAAAGUUCUUAUUAUCAGUCCGAUAUUUUAUUCGGCAUUCCAUGAAAGAUUGGCACGUGCCAAAUUUUAUACAACUAACACGUGGUAAAUCAGAUCAUAUAUUAAGUGAAUAAAUAAAAUCGUUAUCAAAAUCAUUGUGUGACUAAUGUUUAUUGACAUUUUUAAUAAUUUGAAGAAAGAGAUAGAACUCGCACGUAAGAAGUAAAGCAUCAUGUCAAUAUCCUUAUAUGCGGCUGAUUUUUCAUCUCUUCGGCAUCUUAUCGAUCUUUGAGAUUUUUCAGAAUUCAAAUGAAAAUUCGAAAGAUGACACUGUGAAAGAGCGAUUAACGAUGUUGAAUUGCGAAUCGUUAAUCGUGAAAACUCGAUGCCGUUUGAUAAGAAGAAUCAACUUAACGAGAGGGAAAGGCAUCCUCGAUGUCAGAGAGUCUCCGCAAGAUCCUCCCCUCGAGAUCGGGAUCCCGUUGUUGAGGAAGAAUUGAUUAACGUCGCUGUAAUGUAUGCACAGUUCCUAUUGUUAUUAUCUCGGCCGGGCCGGCCUAACGAGCUCAUUACAACGUAAUCGAAGAGAGAUUUGCGUCGAUUUGCGAAUCUCUGAAAACGAUAAUGGAGCCGACGAUCAUGAAUCUCGCGAAUGCCAGCAACGCUCUCGUCAAUUGCAGCUUCGCGAACGAAGUUGCGUGCGAGGUAUACGAAUUCGAUUAUAAUCGCGAACUAGUUGAGAGCAUUGUGGUGGUAGUGGUGCCAUUGUUCUUCGGUAUAAUCGGCAUCCUCGGUCUCGUCGGGAAUUCGCUGGUGGUCGUGGUGGUGGCGGCGAAUCCUGGAAUGAGGUCGACCACGAACAUCCUCAUCAUCAACCUCGCCGUGGCGGAUCUCCUAUUCGUCAUAUUUUGUAUACCGUUCACGGCUACCGAUUUCGUGCUGCCGUAUUGGCCGUUCGGCAACAUCUGGUGCAAGAUCGUUCAAUAUCUGAUCAUUGUCACUGCUUACGCGAGCGUUUACACCCUGGUCCUCAUGAGCCUCGACAGAUAUCUGGCGGUGGUACAUCCGAUCGCCUCGAUGUCCUGGAGGACCGAGAAUCAUGCCAUAUUGGCGAUCGGCAUCGCGUGGGUGGUGAUCUUGGCGCUAUCCGCUCCCGCUUUUGUGAUCCACGGUGAGAUUCACUACAUGUUCCAGGAGGGAGAGGGGCUAUCGGAGAACCUGACGGCCUGCAGGAUCCUGUCGCAGUACGACUGGACAUCCUACCAAGUAUCCUUCUUCCUCAUGAGCUACGUGCUGCCCCUGGUGCUGAUAUGCAUCUUUUAUAUGUCCGUGCUGAUCAAGCUGUGGCGCAGCGCCCGCGUCAGCGCCGAGAGUCGACGCGGCAGAAGACGCGUCACCAGACUCGUCUUCGUCGUCGUCGGGGUCUUCGCCGCCUGUUGGUGUCCCAUACAGGUGAUACUGGUGAGCAAGUCCCUGGACGUGUUCCCGCUCACCACGACAACGAUAAUGGUGCAGAUAGUCAGUCAUAUCCUUGCCUAUACCAACAGCUGCGUCAACCCGUUUCUAUACGCCUUCCUGAGCGAUAACUUUCGCAAAGCCUUUCGGAAGAUCAUCUACUGCAGGCCGCGCGCGGAGCUGAAUAAUCAAUUGACACCAGCGACGAAGACAACGAGAGCUGGCAGUAGCGGCGAUAUUCUUUAGAGACACAAAUUAUCAUCGACGACGGCGCGGAUCGACGAAUGUCUACGACUAUCUAUAGGAUAUUCGGUGUUCGAUGUCAUCUGGCGAUUAGCGAAAAGACGUGGUUUUCAAUUCUUUAAAUCUCCGCCAAAAUAUAUACACACUUUAUAUUUCUUUAUCGAUAAAGAAAUUAUACUUAAAUAUCUUCUUCAAAACGGGCAAUUAAGUAUAAUCGUUGCAAAAGUACGAUUUGAGCAUAGCUUAGCAGUUUGCAAAAAAAAAAAGGCCUAUUAUACCGAUCGUCAUCAUCGACAUCUUUUUUUGAGUGGAUCUCAUAAACUCGAUUAGCGAAUUAUGAAUACCCGGACGAUAUUUCGCGAGUGCGAUAUUACGAAAUAUUAAUAAAUGUAAAAAGACGCGGACUUGUUUCCCGACGCUCACCCUUAUCCAGGGCAGCUAAUUCGAAGGAUUAUCAGGGUCAUCGUCAGGAAAUUAUACACGUCCGAGCAUUGUAAAGUGUAUCAAUAAAGGCAUUGAGAUAAAAUCUAUAUCUCGCAUUAUUGGAGUAAAAGCAGAGGAAUGACAUUUGAUUGACAUUUCUUCUUGUAUUGAGAGCUGUAUGUCAGAAUGUAAUAAAGAACUAUUUUCGAUGUAAUUUAAAAUUUUUUA